CAUACCGCGUGGGAAUUACGUGGCUGAGCUGUCCGCGGACCCUUCCCGGAAGAAAAGCACUAUCGCUGCUGACGUGGACAAUCAUCCUGAGCCGUCCGAUUUCAGUCGGGACGACGGACGGGUUAGAUUUUCAGAUUUUCGAUCUACAUCUGUUGUUUGUAUUGCGCUUUAAAUUGGAUCAGUGGGAAGAGAGAGGUCGUGCUUUGCAGUUUUCUGGGAGAGAAGAGGGCAAUCUUGAGCUUCAAAUCUCUUCCGGACUCUGCAUUUUUCUGUGUCUAGCUGCUGCCCUGCUCUUUUUGAGGUACUGCAUCUGCCCAAGAUGGAUACUUUUCUAUUCACAUCCGAGUCUGUGAACGAGGGACACCCAGACAAGCUGUGCGAUCAAAUUUCUGAUGCAGUCUUGGAUGCAUGUCUGGAGCAGGAUCCUGAAAGUAAGGUAGCAUGUGAGACCUGCACCAAGACCAACAUGGUUAUGGUGUUCGGUGAAAUCACUACCAAGGCCGAUGUAGAUUAUGAACAGAUUGUACGCAAGACCUGUAGAGAAAUCGGCUUUAUCUCUGAUGAUGUUGGUUUGGAUGCUGACAACUGCAAGGUGCUGGUGAACAUCGAACAGCAGAGCCCUGACAUUGCCCAGGGUGUGCAUGGACAUCUUACCAAGAGGCCCGAGGAGAUUGGAGCUGGGGAUCAGGGUCACAUGUUUGGCUAUGCUACUGACGAAACCCCUGAGCUCAUGCCUCUCACUCAUGUCCUGGCUACCAAGCUGGGUGCUAAGCUUACUGAGGUCAGAAAGAAUGGCACUUGCCCUUGGUUGAGGCCCGAUGGUAAGACCCAGGUCACCAUUGAGUACAGAAAUGAAGGAGGUGCCAGGAUUCCUGAACGUGUGCACACUGUUCUUAUCUCCACUCAGCAUGACGAGACCGUCACCAACGACCAGAUUGCUGCAGAUCUCAAGGAGCAUGUCAUUAAGCCUGUGAUCCCAGAGAAGUACCUUGAUGAGAACACCAUCUUCCACUUGAAUCCAUCAGGGAGGUUUGUGAUAGGAGGACCCCAUGGAGAUGCAGGCCUCACUGGCAGGAAGAUUAUCAUUGACACAUAUGGAGGGUGGGGAGCUCAUGGAGGAGGAGCAUUCUCUGGCAAAGAUCCAACCAAGGUGGAUCGGAGUGGAGCAUAUGUAGUCAGACAAGCUGCCAAGAGUGUUGUGGCAGCUGGGCUUGCAAGGCGAUGCAUCGUGCAGGUUUCUUAUGCCAUUGGGGUGCCAGAGCCUCUCUCUGUAUUUGUGGACACCUAUGGAACAGGGAGUAUCCCUGACAAAGAAAUCCUCACCAUCAUCAAGGAGACCUUUGAUUUCAGACCUGGCAUGAUUGCAAUCAACUUGGAUUUGAAGAGGGGUGGAAAUCACAGGUUCCAGAAGACUGCUGCCUAUGGCCACUUUGGAAGAGAUGACGCCGACUUCACUUGGGAAAUUGUUAAGCCCCUCAAGGUAGACAAGGCUGAAGCUUGAAGCGGUCUCCAUUGACAAUAAGUGCAGUGUUUUCUAUUUUGUGCUAUUUGUUCUUGUCGCAUUGUAAUUCUAGCUUUCGGCUAAUAAUUUUGCUAUUGUAGUUGCUAAUAUUGUAUUCAAUGCGUCUAUGCGUUUAAGUUCCCACUUAAAGUACUGUACUGUUUUAGAAUUCUUUCUCUUCCUUCAGCAGCAUAAUUAGUUGCUUCUGGUUGUGAUUACUGUUCUCUCGGUUAUAAUGACUCAGCUGAUUAGCUGAUUAUCUUUGAUUGUAACUUCCAAUUUGUUGUCAAUGCACAAGAACAAUUUAUUUCGCAA